AUGUUUUUCGAAGAACUGCGUCGACACAGAAGCGCAAAAUGGCGAACAAUCAGCCUCCUUAUUUUGCAACUGCUUUUUCUCUCUCAAACGGAGGCACAAGUCCGGUAUUCAAUACCAGAAGAGUUAAAGACGGGGUCCCUUAUCGGUAACGUGGCUCAAGAUCUAGGAUUGGAUCUGAACAGGCUCCGGUCCGGUCGGGCCCGCAUCGUGACGGGAGAAAGCGUCCAGUACGCAGAGCUGAAGACGGACAAAGGGACUCUCGUCGUGAAUGAGAGAAUAGACAGAGAGCAGCUUUGUGGAGAUGUCACCCCAUGUAGCUUCACCUUUGAGAUUUUACUUGAAAAACCAAUGGAGCUGCAUCCCGUGACCAUAGAAGUUCUGGAUGUAAACGACAACGCUCCGACUUUUCAGAACAGCGACUUGGAUUUUGAAAUAAGUGAGUCAGCUGCACUCGGCUCCCGUUUUGUUUUAGAGAGCGCGGACGACGCUGAUGUUGGGCAAAACGGUUUGCACAGCUACAUCCUCACUCCGAAUGAUAAUUUCAUUUUGAAACAACACGUUAAUCCGGACGGAAGUAAAUAUGCUGAAAUGGUGCUUCAGAAACCUUUAGAUAGAGAGGAACAGUCACGCCUGUCUCUGAAGCUCUUGGCUGUGGAUGGUGGGAAUCCGCAAAAAUCUGGCACAGUCAACAUCGACGUAAAUAUUUUAGACGCUAAUGAUAACGCACCCGUAUUUAAUCAGUCUGUGUAUAAGACUGCAGUGAUAGAAAAUGCUCCAAAAGGCACUCACGUUAUUACGGUUAAUGCAAGUGACAUAGAUAGUGGUUCACAUGGACAAGUCACGUAUUCCUUUUCAAAAUCAAAAGCAGGGAUAGCUGAUAUGUUUGGCAUUGAUUCUGUUACUGGAAGAAUAUAUGUGACAAGCGAAAUUGAUUUUGAGAAAGACAAAAAAAUUGAAUUCUAUGUUGAAGCGAAGGAUCAAGGAGGGAUGACGGAUUCCAGCAAAAUAGAGAUAGAUAUAAUAGAUGUGAAUGAUAAUGCUCCUGUAAUAAAUGUCAUGUCAUUCACCAGUCCUCUGUCUGAAGAUUCACCCGCUGGUACUACGAUAGGCAUAAUUAAUGUGAAAGAUCUGGAUUCAGGGGAAAAUGGGAAACUAAGAUGUACAAUUGAAAAAAAUGUUCCUUUCAAAAUUAAAUUCAAUGUGAGAAAUUAUUACGCAUUGAUAACUGAUGCUACAUUAGAUCGCGAAACUCUGUCCGAGUUUAACAUAACUGUCAUUGCUUCGGACGCUGGGUCACCUCCCCUCUUAACUAAAAAGACUCUCAAUUUGAAGGUCUCAGAUGUCAACGAUAAUGCCCCAGUGUUUUCUUAUAAUCAUUAUUCUGGAUUUAUUGUUGAGAAUAACUCACCGGGCGUGUCUAUCUUUAAUGUAAAUGCUAAAGACCCUGAUGAAAACCAGAAUGCGCGUGUCUCAUACAUUUUGGAGCAGGGGGAGAUAGGUGGAUCCCCAAUAUUUGAAUAUGUUUCAGUUAAUGCAGAGGACGGUGUCAUUAGUGCAGUUCGCUCAUUUGACUAUGAACAGAUAAAAGAACUAAUAUUUGUAGUGAAGGCUCAGGAUGGAGGCUCUCCUCCACUAAGCAGCAACGUCACUGUGAAAAUUCUGAUCCAGGACCAGAACGACAACCCCCCUCAGGUCCUGUACCCAGUGCAGACUGGUGGCUCUGUGGUGGCUGAGAUGGUGCCUCGUUCAGCAGAUGUGGGCUAUCUGGUGACCAAAGUGGUGGCUGUUGAUGUGGACUCUGGACAGAAUGCCUGGCUCUCAUAUAAACUCCAGAAAGCCACAGACAGAGCGCUGUUUGAAGUGGGAUUACAGAAUGGAGAAAUCAGAACUAUCCGCCAAGUCAAUGAUAAAGAUGCAAUCAAACAAAGACUGACUGUCAUAGUGGAGGACAACGGACAGCCCUCUCGUUCAGCUACAGUCAUUGUGAACGUGGCGGUGGCGGACAGCUUCCCUGAAGUGCUGUCAGAGUUCACUGACCUGAUCCACGACAAGGAGUACAAUGACAACCUGACUUUUUACUUGGUGUUGGCUCUGGCUGUGGUUUCCUUCCUGUUCAUCACCUGUGUGGUGGUGAUUAUCUCAGUGAAAAUCUACAGAUGGAGACAGUCCCGCAUCCUGUAUCAGUCCAACCUGCCUGUGAUUCCAUAUUAUCCACCACGUUACUCAGACACUUUGGGGACAGGGACUCUCCAACAUGUGUACAACUACGAGGUGUGCAGGACGACAGACUCCAGGAAGAGUGACUGUAAGUUCGGCAGAGCUGGUAGUCAGAAUGUUCUGAUCAUGGACCCCAGUUCAACAGGGACGAUGCAGCGGAUACAGAGUGAGAAGAGCAUCCUGGAUGAACCUGACUCUCCUCUAGAGGUUAGUUGA